AGCCACUUUGGCUCCAGCGCCACGCCCCCCGCUGUUCGCUGCCCAGCCAGCUCGGCCGACAUGCGGCACCGGCUGAGAUGCGGCGGGUCCCCUUCUGUGCCCUCGUUGCAGCGGUUGUCAGCCUCCUGCCGGGCGGCGCGGCGGGCAGCGAGGACGUAGUGCUCAACGCCCAGGUCGCGAUCGGAAAGAGGUGCUCCGGCAGGCUUCACGGUGAGGUUGACAAGAGUGAAGCCCGCGUUCAGCUUGAGCAGACGGGGGGUGCGCUUAAGGACUUAGUCUUCACGACGCUGAACAGCACACACGUCGGUGAUUCGAUUGUCGGGAACCUCUUCGCACUAAAAGGGUCAAUGCUGAAGUCGUCACUGCUGAUGUGCACUGGACUGGUCAUGCUCAUCCUGAUGCUCACCGUGUUCCCCUGCUGCCACCUGGCGAUCUGUCUGUGCAGCACCUUUGGCUGCUACCAGCGGUACCGCGGCCCGAAAACGCACCGAUGCUUCAGCGUGUUCGCCUGCCUCACCAUGUGCGCAGGCGGCGUGCUGCUUGUCUGUUCUGCGGGCAGGACCUUGCGGGCCUACGGCGACGUGUCCCACGGGGUGGACAACCUGGCCUGCACGUCUGCCAGGGUGGUCAACGGGACCCUGAGCAUGGUGGACCACGUUGCCGGACGGUUCGAGGACAUAGGAGAGAGCUUCGAGGCAACAUCCGACUUCGUCACAAGCAUAAGAGGCAUCCUGGAGGGCACGGCCCAGGUUCCGGACGCGAUCAGAACGGCGCGCAAUACCCUCGAGCUGUUCAGGAGCGUGCUCGAGCUCGAGGACAAUACGAACCCUCGGGACGGAGGCGAUCCACUCCUGCACGUCUGCAUCACGUGCGAGUCGAUGGCGACCCUGCUAGGUACCGCAGCCUCGGCACUCGACGAGGGCGUGGGCUCCGCGCUCUCCGAUGCCCGAGGUGAGGUGGAGGGGCAGCUCAGCGAGGAGAACUUGGAGCAGAUGCGGGAGGCCCUCCGGAAUGGUAUUCAAGACGCCGCCGGCGAAUCACCGCGGCCCCCCUGCCGCUCGGAGACGCCCAGUGUGGCCUGAACUGGACUACACCUGUCUCAGGCGGAGGCUAUCGAUGGACACGGAUCCGCAUACAGUCAAUCCGCAUAGUAAGGAUUGGCAACCUUCCCAAGGGUACCCUUGC